GUGGUGUGUGAGAUUCGGUAGUUAGAAGCACAGCCCACUGGAGGGAGAGGCUUUGAGAAGGGAAAGCGGGGUAGAGCAAGGGAGGCGUCGGAUCGAUCGCGGGACAGACACGGAGUGGGUGCCAUGUGGACAGGGAUCUCUGUCUGUCCUUUGAGACUAUGGGAAAGCCAAUGAGUCUUUAAAAAAGGGAGGGCUGAAGAUGUGAAUGUGCACGUAGAUAAAGACAGAUGUGAAUAACUUCUACAUUGUAUUGUUUUGUGUGAGUGCUCAGCCAGUUUUAGAUACAGGUUCCUUGAAGAAAUUAGACACCUUAGCACACUCUCUGGGCUGUUUCUCCAAUGUCCCAGUGCACCAGAAGAAGCCCAUGCUAACAGUGCGUGGACUGAACAACACCAUUUCAUUAAGAGCAGUGCCAAACAUGUGAGAAGAUGUCUGUUGGAGGUUGUGCUUGCCCAGGCUGUUCGUCCAAGUCCUUCAAGCUGUACUCCCCAAAGGAGCCCCCCAACGGUAGUGCCUUCCCUCCAUUUCACCCAGGUGCAAUGCUGGAUAGAGAUGUGGGUCCGAUGCCGAUGUAUCCCCCGUCUUACAUGGAGCCUGGAAUAGGGAGGCACACACCGUUUGGAAAUCAAACAGACUACAGAAUAUUUGAGCUCAACAAAAGACUACAGAAUUGGACAGAGCAGGACUGUGACAAUUUGUGGUGGGAUGCGUUCACUACAGAGUUUUUCGAAGAUGAUGCAAUGCUGACGAUCACUUUCUGUCUGGAAGAUGGGCCCAAACGAUAUACUAUUGGUAGAACGUUGAUCCCUCGGUACUUCAGGAGUAUUUUUGAGGGUGGAGCCACUGAACUCUUCUAUGUGCUGAAACAUCCCAAGGAGUCUUUCCACAAUAACUUUGUGUCCCUGGACUGUGAUCAGUGCACCAUGGUUACACAGAACGGCAAACCCAUGUUCACACAGGUGUGUGUGGAGGGCAGACUGUACCUCGAGUUUAUGUUUGAUGACAUGAUGCGUAUUAAGACAUGGCACUUCAGCAUCAGACAGCACAGAGAGGUCGUGCCGAGGAGCAUCCUGGCAAUGCAUGCCCAAGACCCCCAAAUGCUUGACCAGCUAUCAAAAAACAUCACAAGAUGUGGCUUAUCUAACUCUACGCUGAACUACCUCCGACUUUGUGUAAUCCUGGAGCCCAUGCAGGAGCUGAUGUCCAGGCACAAGACGUACAGUCUCAGCCCACGAGACUGCCUCAAAACCUGUCUGUUUCAGAAAUGGCAGAGGAUGGUGGCCCCACCAGCCGAGCCACCAAGACAAGCCCCCAACAAGCGAAGGAAACGGAAAAUGUCUGGUGGCAGCACAAUGAGUUCUGGAGGGGGCAACAACAACAACAACAACAACAGCAACAGUAAAAAGAAAAGUCCAGCCAGCAGUUUUGCGCUUUCCAGCCAGGUACCUGAUGUGAUGUUGGUGGGAGAGCCCACUCUGAUGGGAGGGGAGUUCGGGGACGAGGAUGAGCGGCUCAUCACGCGGCUGGAGAACACACAGUUUGAUGCGGCCAAUGGCAUCGACGACGAGGACAGUUUCAACAGUUCCCCCGCCCUGGGCACCAACAGCCCCUGGAACAGCAAAGCUCCCUCCAGCCAGGAGAGCAAAAAUGACAACCCCACCUCACAGUCAUCGCAGUAGAAGUGUUAGGGGCUAGCGAAAGGCUCGAGAAGCCGCUCGAGGACACCUCGCUCGCUUGCUCACACGAUCCGGUCCUUGUCUUCUGCCUUGACGAGUCCUCAAUUGGUCAGACGUGAAAUUGGCCCUCCUCAUCCUCCUCCUCCUCUGUCGCCAUCAGACAUUCCGUUUUGUUGAUUCUUUUGUUUCUUUGGGAGUCGUUUUCCAACACCGUCCGUUUCUGUGUCUCGAUCAGUCUUAGCGAUCAGGCUGUGGGUUAUUGUUCCAACCUCGGGUCUCUCUGUGCGUGCUGUGCUUUGACACGCAUGGCCGUUUCUGUUGUGCUCACUUGACAGGAAAGGAUCACUUUUUAUCUAACCGUUUAGUGAUAUGACCAUUGUGUGCACCUCAGAUUCAAACCCAACGCUCCAUUUUUAAAAACUCAAUUAUUUGUUUUGUAGGACCUGGUUGGAACAAAAACCUGUACAGUUCCGGAGCUUGAGGACCGGAGUUGAGAACCACUACGUAAAGUCCUUUAAGUAAAACUAAAUAAAGUGUAAAGCAUCGAGGUUCUUGAGUUUGGUCAUGCCCGAGAUGGUCACUGAGAGCUUGCCUGACCAUUACACCAGACUCAAAAUAAGUGUUUGAUUUUUUUUUUUUAUUAUUGUUUGCAUUCUUUUUAGUUUCUUGUUCUUUUCAAAU